AUAGUGUUUCGGUGUUUCCCGCUAAAAGGCCACCAUGCUUUAGAAAAAAAACCCAAAUUCCCGCCAAUGAAACCCUAAAAAAUAAAUUCCCCCUCUCAACCUUCUCCCAUUUCCAAAUCAAACAUUCAAAGCAUACAUCCCUCUAAGUCCCCAUCCCCAAUCGAAUUCACAUUCUCCGAUGGUAGAAUCAGAGGAGAACAAGACAGAAACAACAACAACCCGACCCGAAUUCCCAACAGGCCGGAUCAAGAGAAUCAUGAAACUCGACAAAGACACCAACAAGGUCAAUGCAGAUGCUCUAUUCCUCGUCUCCAGCUCCACUGAGUUGUUUCUCCGGUUCCUCGCGGAGAAAUCAGCAGAAGUUGCAAUCGAGAAGAAGCGAAAGAUUGUGAAACUCGAUCACAUUCGAGCUGCUGUUAAAAGGCACCACCCUACCAGUGAUUUUCUCUUAGAUUCGCUUCCUUUGCCAGCUCAGUCAUCAGAGAAGCCUGCAAGUGAUAAUACCAGUGCUCGCACCGUGACUGAUAAACCAGCCCCGGCUGGCACGCGCCGGAUUGAUCAGUUUUUCGCUAAGGCGGCAAGUGAAGAAGUUCCGGUUCUGAUAAAUGAGUCCUAAACUUGGCUUCUUUUCUUUUAUUUUCUUUUAAUUAAUUAAAUGUAAUAGAAACAUGUUCAAGUUCUAUAAUGUAAGUGGUUUUGUUAUGAUUAUAUUAAAUUAUUUUAGAAUUUCCAUCGGAAA